AUGGAAACACGAAAACCUGACAAGCCGCGAGUCGUCGCUUUCAGUAAUGAGUUUCCUUCCGACUCCCCGGAAUCCCUACUCCGAUCCCUUUAUCGCAACAGUAAACUCAGAAAUCACCAUCAUCUUGCUCGUUUCCUUGACGAAGCAACUACGGCUGUCCGCCAUGAAGUUGUCGAUUUACCGCCCGAAAUGCGUAAACUCGUUCCUUCUUUCGACUCAGUGCAUACCCUGGCCACGGACAAGGUUCUCAGGCGGGGAGUAUUGGGAAGCUCGAUCGAUGGAGUCUUGCUCUGCGUUCUGCAGAUUGGGUCUUCCAUCAAUUAUCGUGAAGCUACCCUUUCUGGCUUCGACAUUACCCAGUCUGAGGAUACCGUUCUUGUAGGGCUAGGGAUCGGGUUGCUUGCGGCCGCCGCCCUGGCCACAGCGCCGGAUAUUGGAUCACUCCCGGCUCUGGGGGCUGAAGCGGUACGAAUUGCCUUUCGUCUAGGCGUUUUCGUGUCUGAAGUUUCUCAAAAUAUCGAACCCUUGAAUGAAGAUAGUCAGUUCGAGUCUUGGGCUUAUGUUGUCCAUGGAGUGGCAGCCGAAGAAGUCCAGCAAGAACUAGACGCGAUGUAUUCUCAAUUACCAAUCCCAGAAAUAGGUAGAAUCUUCAUUAGCGCAAAAAGUGAGAAUUCUGUCACUGUAAGCGGGCCGCCUUCGCGACUGAAGGAGAUCUUCCGCACCUCAGCUUUCUUCUGCUGUCACAAGUCUGUCGCUUUGCCUGUUUUUGGUGGUCUUUGUCAUGCUGCCCAUGUUUACUCGGCAAAGGAUGCUACGCAUAUUGUCGGCCCACCCCAGCGUCGUGUGUCCUAUUCUCCUCAGAUACCAGUACUGUCGACCAGCACGGGCUUGCCUUUCACUGCUCAAGCCACUAGCCAACUGUUUCAGCAGGUCGUCACUGAGAUAUUGACACAGACAAUUACCUGGAGCAAUGUGGUUCAACAAGUUACAGAGAGGUUCCGUGACUGCUCUAAUCCAGACGCCGACAUCUUUAUCUUUGGACCUAGUCGGGAUACGCGAGACAUCACGACUGGUUGGACUUCCGCAGUUCCAAACAUCAACAUCAAUUUAGUGGAUGUCAUCGAUUCGCUCAAGGGUUUGGAAAGUCCCGAAGGAAAGUCCAGAGCACCAAGUCGAUCCAAGAUUGCAAUCGUCGGCAUGUCCUGUAGACUGCCAGGUGGUGCGACUGAUACCCAGAAGUUUUGGGAUAUUCUGCACCAAGGCCUUGACGUCCAUCGCCUUAUUCCAAAAGACCGCUUCGACGUCAACACCCACUAUGAUCCAGAAGGUAAGGCCGUAAACGCCAGCCACACGCCAUAUGGAUGUUUCAUCGAAGACCCGGGUCUUUUUGAUGCGCCAUUUUUUAACAUCUCGCCACGCGAGGCCGAGCAAACCGACCCAAUGCAGAGAUUGAUGCUGAUCACGGCUUAUGAAGCUCUUGAGAGAGCAGGCUUUGUUCUCGGUCGCACGCCUUCCGCUGAGAAAGAUCGUGUUGGGACAUGGUACGGUCAGGCUAGCGAUGACUAUAGGGAAGUCAACACUGCCCAAAACAUCAGCACAUAUUUUAUUCCUGGCGGCUGUCGCGCGUUUGGGCCUGGCCGGAUCAACUACUUCUUCAAAUUCUCUGGGCCGAGCUUUAGCUGCGAUACUGCCUGUUCUUCGAGUUUGGCUGCUAUUCAAGCUGCUUGUACAGCUCUUUGGGGCGGCGAAGUCGAUACAGUUGUUGCUGGAGGUUCCAAUGUUGUGACCAAUUCGGACGCCUUCUCGGGCCUUAGCCAUGGACAUUUCCUUACUAAAACGCCUAAUGCUUGUAAGACUUGGGAUGCAGAUGCUGAUGGAUACUGCCGCGCUGACGGAGUUGUCUCUUUUGUGCUGAAACGUCUUGAAGACGCUGAGGCGGACAAUGACAAUAUUCUCGGAUUGAUACUAGGAGCAGGGACAAACCAUUCGGCCGACGCUGUUUCAAUUACCCAUCCCCAUGCUCCAACUCAAUCUUUAUUAUACCGGAAGGUACUGGACCAAGCUGGUGUGGAUCCUUUGGAUGUGAGUUACAUCGAAGCUCACGGCACGGGGACACAGGCUGGCGACAUCCAGGAGGUCACUUCCAUUAAAGACGUGUUUUCGCCACUCGAGCGUCGAAGAAGUCAAAAAUAUCCUUUGUACAUGGGCGCUGUCAAGUCCAAUGUCGGUCACGGUGAGGCUGUCGCGGGCGCUACUGCGCUGCUUAAGGUCCUCCUCAUGUUUGAGCACCAGUCGAUCCCACCACACGUCGGCAUCAGGACAGAGCUUAAUCCCAAGUUGUCAAGAAUCAUGCAUCAGAGUAAUCUUCACAUAACUUUCCAAGACACUCCAUGGACUCGAACAGUGGAUAGAAAGCGCGUCGCCUUGGUUAAUAGCUUCAGUGCAGCAGGGGGCAAUACGUCUCUUGUGUUGGAAGAAGGUCCAGUCCAGGCUAACAGGAACCUGGAUCCUCGAGCAAUGGGAAGUCAUGCGAUCGCACUCUCAGCUAAGUGCAAGAAGUCACUAAAGGGUAACAUGACGCGAAUGCUUGACUACUUGGAGAGGAACCCCUCUAUUUCGCUCGCAGAUCUGGCCUAUACUACCACAGCUCGUAGACAGCAUUACAACUACAGGACUGUGACUCACGCUGCGGAUAGAGAGGAUUUGCGGAGACAGCUAGCUGGAAGUAUUGAGAGUGUGGACGUCCAUGUGCCAAUUCAGACCAGCUCAAUUCCCUCAGUAGCAUUCACCUUCACAGGACAAGGCGCGGCCAACAAAUCACCGAAUUUCGAGCUGUACCACCUUUCACCUGUUUUCCGCUCACAACUUGACACUCUCGAUUCCAUUACCCAACAGCUUGGUUUCCCCUCGUUUAUUCCAUCAAUCGAUGGCAGCCACGACAAGAACUAUGAUCACGGCACUGUCGUCUCGCAAAUCGCGCUCACAUGUAUCCAGAUUGCGCAGGCCAAGUACUGGGAGACUCUGAGUAUCAAACCUGACGUUGUCCUCGGCCAUAGUCUGGGCGAGUACGCAGCUCUCUGCGUCGCUGGUGUUUUAUCUGCCAGUGAUGCCAUUUACCUUGUCGGGUCGCGAGCGAAGUUGCUAGACGAGAGAUGUGAGAAAGGAUCACAUGGAAUGCUGGCAGUACGGGCAUCAGUGGACAGGACAAAGGAAGUGAUCAAAGCUCUUGGUGUCGAAUAUGACAUUGCUUGCAUUAAUGGCCCCGAGGCAACUGUCCUCAGUGCUACUUGUGAAGAGAUGGAAAGCAUUGAAACGGCGUUGAGAGAUAAACGGUUACACUGCACACCACUACGUAUCUUAUACGCCUUCCACUCAAACCAGACUGAACCAAUUCUCGACGAUUUUGAGAGUUUCGCCAAGGCCAGUACGAUCUUCCGAGAACCGAAGAUCCCAAUCAUCUCGCCUUUGCUUGCCAAAGUCAUUUGCGACGACAAAACGAUUAACAGCACAUACGUACGACGAGCGACGAGAGAAACCUGCAACUUUGAAGCCGCUCUUCGUACCGCGCUAUCGAUGUCUAUGGUUGACAAAGACACCUUGUGGAUCGAGCUGGGCCCUCAUUCAGUCAAUACAAACUUCAUCAAAGCCAUUGCAGGCCCCUCUUGUGUUGCGGUUCCGACUUUCCGGCGAGACGAAAAUAACUGGGAGACUAUCUCUCAUAGUCUUGGUACGCUACAUUGCGCUGGCCUUGAGAUAGAUUGGAGCGAGUUCCAUCGUCCCUUUCAGACUUGUCUCAGACUUGUGGACCUUCCGACGUAUUGUUGGAAUAACAAGAAUUAUUGGAUUCAGUAUAAUGGUAACUGGGCACUUACCAAGGGUAACACAUUCUACGACAAGAAAGGGUCUGUUGCUCCAGUUUCCUCCUUUUCGACGUCCCUUGUUCAAACUAUCGUUGAUGAAGAGUUUUCUGGUGCAUCUGCUAUGGUGACGAUGGAGUCGGAUCUUAUGUCGUCAGAUUUCCUGGAGGCAGCGCGCGGUCACAGCAUGAACGGUCAUGCUGUAGUGACAUCUUCUAUCCACGCCGAUAUUGCGUACACAUUGGGCGAAUACGUAACCAAGCAGCUUGGAUCUCCUUUGAAGUCCGAAAGUCUAAGCAUCAAAAAUUUGCAGGUCGUCAAAGGACUAGUAGUCCAUAACAACACAGCGAAAUCGCAAUUCAUUCGCGUCGUGGCUCGAACAAGUGAUAUUGAAUCUGGGGUCAGUCUGGGGUGGUAUAACAUUGCCAGCAUUGGCUCACUUGAAUCUGAACCUUUCGCGACCGCCACUGUCGUCUGCCAUGAGGCGCCAGCGACUCUUCAAUCCUGGACAUCCAUCUCUCAUCUCAUCGAGAGCCGCAUCAAUACGCUCGAAGACAUGGCCAAUCGUGGUCUGGCAACCCGAUUUUCGCGAAACAUGGCCUAUACGCUCUUCGCCCACAGCCUGGUCACUUACUCAGAGAAGUAUCGGGGUAUGCAAUCCGUCGUCAUGCAUGAACUGGAAGGAUUUGCACACGUCAAGCUCUGUACCGAAACGAAGGGCGUUUGGACCAUACCACCACAUUUCAUAGACAGUGUGGCCCAUCUAGCUGGAUUUAUCAUGAAUGUUUCGGACUCUCAUGACAUGACCACCCAGUUCUGCGUCACAUCUGGCUGGGAGUCAAUGUGCUUCGCUGAGCCGCUGAACGCUGGCGCAGAGCUUGUGUCGUAUGUCAAAAUGAUACCUUGCAAGAAUGAAAAGGACGUCUUCCUUGGGGAUGUCUAUGUCAUGAGUGAGGGCGCGAUAGUUGGUAAGGUGGGUGGGAUACGGUUCAAGAGAUAUCCUCGGAUUUUGCUUGAUCGCUUCUUCUCGCCUCCGGACCCCAAGAGCAAUGAGCCACCCGUCAACAAUGUUUUUCAAGAUGUUCCAUCGACACACAAGGCGAACCAGGUCCCCUUGACCCCUCCUGAGAGAUCUACCAACAGCACUCAAAGUUCACUGACUAGGUCUCACAAAUCACCAAACACUAUCUCACUCAGUAACAGCGCAUCAAUCCAGCCUGAGACGCCAUCGUCGGGUGAAAGUAGCAGCCCCUUGGCCAAGGCCAUUGCCAUCAUCUCCGAUCAGAUGGGAAUUCCUAUCUCGGAAUUACAAGAUGACUGCAACUUCGCAGAUAUUGGUGUAGACAGCCUUAUGUCGCUGGUCCUGGCAGAGCAGUUCCGUGUGGAGCUUGGCAUUACGGUAAAUAGCAGCCAUUUUCUGGAGUACCCGAACCUAGGGGCUCUGAAGACCUGGCUUUGGGAGUAUUGUGCCUAA